CAUCAUCAGUUCACUUCACUUUGGAACGCGUUGUUUCUGCCCUCCCCCUCACUGUCUGUUCCAGUUAAGCGAACUCUUGCCCAAUCGCCAUACUGAAGUAGGCUACCUAAAAACUUGUGGCUGGAUAUGAAUAGUUAUACCUACAUGACGACAAACACGUGCAGAUUGAGUAUUUGUUUGGGCUUGUGUACAGUUGUCGACGGUAGAAUAGGCGUGCCAGCCUGUCGGUCAAAGAGGAAAGAUAAGCGAAGCCGUGGCGUUGACGCAAUCUCGAGGUUAACCGCCUAGAAAACUCACGGACCUGUCCAUCAGGACGGGUUUCACGGGGCAAACUGGACGUUGAGUGAGAGAUUAGGUGGCUGGAGGCUGAUUCGUAUCCAAGGACAGUCGACGUCGCAUGGACAUGGCCACCAUCGUGAUGGAGAAGAUCGGCCGGCUCUUCAUCAACCUGCAGCAGCUCCAGCGGUUGCCCCAGAUGCUGACGGAGGCGGCUCCCUCCAUGCCGGCCACCGUGCGGGACGUGGAGGUGCCUCGCUUCUUCCGGGAGCGUCACAUCCACGCUGGCUACCGGCCCCUGCACCAGGGCUGGAGGUACUACUUCCUCUCGCUCUUCCAGCGCCACAACGAGACCGUCAACGUCUGGACGCAUCUCCUGGGAGCUGUGCUGGUCUUGGUCAAGAUGGCCCAGCUGUCAGAGACCGUGGCCUUCUGGGAGGACCCCCACUCCUGGCCCCUCCUCGUCCUGCUCACCUCCUCCUUCACCUACAUGCUCUGCAGUGCCGUGGCUCACCUCCUGGCCGGCAGGUCGGAGCUAUGCCACUUCUCCUUCUUCUUCCUGGACUACGUGGGGGUGGCGCAGUACCAGUACGGCAGCGCCGUGGUGCACUUCUACUAUGCCGUGAGGCAGGACUGGCACGGGUGCGUGCAGGGCGUCUUCAUGCCCGUGGCCGUCCUGCUCUGUUGCCUCUCCUGCCUGGGCUGCUGCUACGGAAAGUACCGGAACCACAGCCUGCCGCCCUGGGUGCGCAAGGUGGGACAGGUGGUGCCGUCCGCGCUGGCCUACAGCUGGGACACGAGCCCCGUGUUCCAGCGCAUGUUCCUCCGGCUGGUUGACCCCAGUGGUCAUGGAGACGCUGCUGCGAACGCCCAAACAGGAAGUGGCGACAAUGACCUCGCGUUGACCUUUCACUGUGGCCAAGUGACCUUCUUCCUCCUGAGUGCCUUCUUCUUCACGCAUCCGUUGCCCGAGCGACUGUUCCCGGGCCGCUGUGACUUUCUGCUUCAGGGUCACCAGGUGUUUCAUAUCUUCCUGGUGAUGUGCACCCUGAGUCAGAUCCAGGCCUCCUACCUGGACUUCCUGGGGAGGCGGGGCCUAUACACCCGUCUCCAUGGUGAGAACGAAGCAGCGCUCUUUGUCGGGCUGUACGUGUUUACCAUAGUAGCAUGUGCUGGGAUAGCGACAUUCAUGGUUGGGAGAGUGAAAAAGCUGUUGGACAGCAAAGAAAAGAUCAAAUAAUGGAUAGUGUAUAGACACUCUAUGGUUCUGGCCUACAAAGGCUAAAUGCAGUAACUAUGUAGUAACUAGAAAUGGCAAACACUGAAAAUGAGAUACUGCCCAGUCAAACGUGCGUCGGUUCUGACGCUGUUAAGUACUGUCUGAAGUGAGAAAAGGCGACGUUACAAAGCAAAUUUCUAGUCUAAACUUGGAGAAAAUAUGCAGUAGCAGGUAGCAAUAGCCAUAGCAGUGGUGUGUCUCAUUCAGACUUUAAGUAUUUGCAAUCAAACUUUGUGGAAAUGGCCGAUACCUGUGAUUGUUAUUAUGAUUAGGUCUCUAAAUCAACACUAGCCGACCAGGGGUGGGGAACCUUUUUCAUUCGAGAGGCCACUUCAAGUUCGUCCAAGGGCCGUAAAAGUCCUCCAAGGGCUGUACUAUGUACACAAACCAGGAUUUCCUCCAGCACUUUAGGUCUAUAUCGAAGGCAAUCACCUUUAAAACAGACCCCACAUUCUCUAGGUCCCCUGGAUAUAGGGUAACUUAAUUGUAUUGUAAAGGUAUUUUCCAAGAUCCCAUCACAAAAUAUGUCAUAUUUCAUAUGAAGCUGCAUAACACAUCACACAUCACACAUCACAUCGGGGUCCGGCCCUUGAGACAUAGGUUCCCCACACCUGAGCUAAAUGCUGGUGAAAUUUCAGUUUGGCUGGUAGAUAAGACCAACUACUAGCCACUUUGACCGAUUAGUGGGUGUGUGUUUGGUUAGUAAGAAUAACAUCUUCCAGCCAUUUUGACUGGUGAUGAAAAAAGUUAAUUUAGAGCCCCUGGUUAUGAUUCAACUAUGUUAUGAUGCACUGACCUACUGAAACAUUGAGUAGGAGUCGUAGGACGAAUGCACAAGUGCAAUUGAAAGCUGUAUUUUUUGGUACUGAGAAAAACAGAAACUUUAUUCUUAACUACUACAUAAUCUUACAUAAUGAAUUUUAUAUGUAAUUGUUGUUCUCUAUUUUGUAAAGGACGUUGAUGCCAUGUAGCUCAGUUAGAUUGUACUGUAGUCACUGCUGAUCAUUAGAGAAUUCAAUUGACUGAGCUAGUCUUUAUUCUAGUGGAGGUGGUCAUAAUUAUCAGUACAGUAUCACUCUAGUGCCUAUUGUCUUGAAUUUCUGGUGCUGCUACUCUCUAAUUAGAGUGGUGGACAACAAAGUUGUCCAUGUGGGGCCCUAAAGCUUUGGUUUGAAUAAGGGAAUGUAUAACUUGUGUAGUCUAUUUGAAAUUGUUUUUUUUUUUUUUUUUAAAUCAAAAUCAAUCUGAUAACCCAGCCGAUAAGAGACUUGCUCACACUAGUUAGACAACUAGUUUGACUUACAUGUUUAAAUGCGUCACAACAAUCUAUAAUAAUGUGGGACCAGAAGCUGUACUAAAGAGUUUUUAUACAGAAUAUUUAUAUACUAGUUUUAUGCCAUAUGUUGCUGAGUUCACUUUACCAGUGUUUCUCUCUGAAUAUGUCUGUGCCGCAAUGCACUUUACUACUUUUAUGUUCAACCGUUUUAUCAUUGGAAGGUCAAACCUUCGGAGUAAGACUUCAUAUUAUUGUUUGUAAGUGCCUGGACUGUUUCUUAUACUGCCACCUAAUUAAUUGAUUCAACAAUCGUGUAUAUUGUGUCUUAAUAACACCAGUAUUCAUAUGCAACCAACAGCACAACACUGUCAAUUUUGUGUCACUAAGACCUGCCCCUGUAUUAAUAAGACCGGGUUCUUCUGUGUAUUCACAAAUCCACCUUUUUACAUUCCCAGGAAUAAAGGAAAGAUGCUGAUGUUGCUGAGCACUAUGUCUCAUACGCUUUGUUGAAUACCCUCUUCAGUCCCCCCCUCCAUGUUGUUUUCCCCCAGAUCUGUGACGCAGGCUUUUUGGUUGGCAUGGGCUCUCAUUGGCUGAUAAAUAAUGAUCACCAUGGUGACACCAAAUUAAACAUGAGUUCUGCCACUCACUCAGGUUGGGUUAAAGUGAGGGGAAUCGGAUGAGAAGUGUUUUCCAUAUGACUAAG